UAAAAUGGUCGCCUCUAAUGUCAGUGAGCAAGUACGUACGUAGGGCGGGGAUAUUCGUGUAAUUUGCGAUCUCUUAAACUCUUUCGAAAAUUAUUUCCAGAACGUAAAUUAACUUUCAGCGUAAUAAGAAACGUGUUCGUUCUGAAAAGUGCACAAAAUCACACGAUCUAGCUGUGUUUUGACAUUCGGUUCUAUUAAGUGUGAGUGUAUGUGACAACCUAAUCGAGGUAAACAAUACAUCUUUCGUCUCUUUCCAACUCAUCUGCCUCAACAUGACUAAAUGAAACGCACAAAUUCAAAUGCCUUCCAACAAAACUUUCAAACCAGCUGUUGGGGUGAAGAUGAAGCAGCAACCGUCAAGGAAGAAAGCUACACCAAAAACGGCCACUGGAGAUUCGGUCUCCGAAACCAUCUCUUUCGUUAUCAAGGGUAAACUUACCCCCAUCAAACCAACUUUUGUCGCGAAAAAAGUUGUACGUAAGCAGCUCCUCAAACGUAACCCAAAAAUCGUGAAUACCGUAAAUCGUAAAAAAUCACCAGGUGGUAGUGUCGAAUCUAAACCUGUGUCCAAAGACGUUGAAGUUGAUCAAAAGUGUAGAACAAUUAAGACUAGAAACGUGACUCCAAAACCAAUCAAAAAACGUAUAAUAAAGAAACCUGCAGUCCCUUUGAAACAAAACACCUUGAAAAAGACACAAAAAUCAAAAAAUGAUACGACAAUCGAAGCGAAGGCUGCUGCAAAAGAUCCAGAGAAAAAUGAAAUUGUGGAAAAAAUAAUCGAGACGAAACAACAGAAACUACUGCAGACUAAAAACGAAAAUAAGAAGAAGAAAACUAUUACCAAACUUCUGAAGCAAGCUAGUGAGGUUCUAGAAGGGAAGAAACCUAGACUAAACCCUAAAAGAAGAGUCAAUAAAACUAAACCAAAAAUUUCUAAAACUGUAACAGUCGACAAGACUAAACAAGAAAUAAAUAUAGAUGAGCCAAAAAAUAAAGAGGAAGCAGAAACCGUAGAAGAAUGUAAGAUUGAAAUUAAAGAGAAGCAGCCUGUUGAGCCAAUUAAAACAGAGAACAGAGAUGACUCAACAUCAGACGAUACUAAUUUGGAAGAAAUAAGAAAAACUCUUAAAGGUUCCUCAAACAAGGAAACAAUGAAAGAAAAAAGCAAGAAACCUAUCAUCAGUAGGAAAACUGCCAAUAAAUCCAAUGUACAGAAAACUAAAAGUGCUGUUAAUAAGAUCAAAAAGGCACGACUCGAAGAACAGAAGUUGAGAAAACUCAAACUAUUUGGUUUCUGGAAUGGACCCAAGAGAAAGCGGGUAGCCUCCUUGAACGCCAUAGCAAAAGUACAUUGUCUUUACGAAAACGAAGGUAAAAUCAGUAUGUUAGAUAGCCCCCAAGCUAUGCCUGUCAAAAAAGAAGUAGUAGAGAAGAAUGUCAAACCAAAAGAAGACGAAGAAGAGGAAGUGAAAAGUCCUCCUCCUCAAAGAAGUCUGCGAUGCGUCCCAGGACUCAGAGGAGUUGGCAAGCAUUGGGACAUGAACACAGCAACCAGUUCCAGUUCUGAAGACAUCAGCAGCGACGAGGAGCCUGCUCCUAAAAAGAUAGUUAAAGUAAAGAAAGAACCUACGAAAAAAGUAGUAGAGGAAAAGGUGCAAAAGAAGCGGAAACGGAGACAAACAGAGAUAAUAAUGGAUCUGAAAGAUAUGGUCGUCAAGAAACGCAUGGCGAGCCUGAACGCCACUGCCAUCCUGGCCGCUAGUUACUCCCAGGAAAAACGCAGUCCGAGGAGUCCUAGAAGCGACAGGACAGACGAUACAGACAGCUCAGACGAUGAUUUAAUGACGGACGAAGAACCGGAGGAAGAGAAGAAAUGUUACGAGGACGACGUUAAGAGAGAGGAUAAGGUGAUCGAGGUGCACACGAAGCCUAACAAGAAGGUGGCGGUGAUUGUGAAUCAAGAUACGGACGUAACCAUCACCGGCGUUUACGUUAACAGCACCACCAGGUCCACUCAUCACGAGGGCUAUUGCAGUAUCGCCGGUAUGCAGUACCGUAUUUCUGCUACCAGUCACACGCAGACUGCUGCUACUGCCGUUUCCACGGAGACGUUGUUGCCGCCUAGUACUUCGGGUAGCAGUCAGGAGAACAGCAACGCGGAGUCUUCAACGCCCACCGCCAAGUCUUACAAACCGUUGGACGCCCUGUCCAACAUGCGUCCUCCGAGUGACGGCGUCCAUCACGGCCACCAGGGCAUAGUGCCGACCCAGCACGUCAUGGCGAUGUCGCCCAGUGGCGUGCGACACAGUUGCACGAGUGCGUUCAGCGCUCCGCAUCCAAGUGCUUACCAUCAUGUGGGACCGGGACACCAUGGACCUCCGCCAAUGAACGGGGAACCUGGAUAUAUUCACGGUGAGCUCACUUACUAUCAGGGAUUUGUUCAACAGAAUCAAAAAGGAUAUUACCAACCAGCUGGUCCUUUGAUAACAGUGCCUUUAGGUCAUGGUCAGCCUCCCUUGGCCAAAAGUGCUCCAUUAUCGGAAACAUCUCCUACGACACCUUCGCCGUUGAGUUCACAUCCACCACAUCCUCCACCAAGUACCAAUGGAGACUCUUCGGACAGCGAGGUUAUCAUCACCUCGGUGACGGCAGGAAAAGACAUCGGACCCCCACCACCGCCCUUGCCUCAAGGCCACUCAUAUCGUUACUCCCAGUACCCCCCAAAUGUGCCUCCAACGAGCUACAGCUACCCCUAUUCCUCCCACUACUACCACCCCUCACCAGCACCUCCAACAACCUAUCCCCCUCACGAUGUGUGCUAUUCGCCAGGUCCGUACGUCCAUCACAAGUUCCCUCCCACAUCGUACAGGAGGUAUUUGGGGGGACCGCAGUACUACCCUCCAAAUCCGCCCCCCUCUCAGGAAAUAUAUGCGAUUCCAGCUCAUGCCCAGCCUAGUCAACAGGUAGUAACAACCACGCCUGCAUCUGGUUCAGGAGCUCCGUACCAAACACCUUUGGGUCCAACUGCUUCUUCGGCUAUACUAGACUCAUAUCCGCCCACACUGGUGGAGACAUAUCCUGCUCACUAUUAUCCUGGUUAUCCCAAUGGUCCUCCGUCGACGUGCUACUCUCAUGCACCACCUCCAAGAGCAGUCCCAUUCAUAAACGGUGCUUAUCAAAAUUGUCCUUGUCCUAUGCAGUCGUGUCCAAAAAACGGAGUUACUGGACCUCUUAUUGGUGAUAGUAAGAGGUCUAGUGCCCUCCCCAAAGGCAACAUGCCAACUCUGCCACCUGUAGCCUUAGCUCUUCCAAAGGAGCCAACCAGCGACGGACCACCAAGUCCUGCCAGAGGAUCUGCUGGGAUGCCACCACCACCCUCCCCCGCUGGGGCCACCUACCAACAACAGCCUACGCCCCCGGCCAAACAGGAAAGCAUAUCACCUCAAAACCAGGUACCAGUCGAGAAAACAAGGAGAGCCAGGGUUGGCAAGGCCAUGGUCCGCAAUAACAUCCACAACACCAUGUUACUGAUGUGUAAACCCCUCAACAGAGAUUGCGUUAAGAGAGAAAUCGAAAGUCCUAAAGAAAAGGAAGUAAUAAUUGUGCCUGACAAAGAUGUUGCCUUAAAAAUCGAUUCAAACGUUUCUGCGAAACUAGAAAAGUCAUCUCCUCCUAGAAUUGGUGAUGUAGAUGAUUUCUUGGAGAGUUUUAUGGCAGAACCAGUUCUGCAUGAGCCAGCUCAGAAAGUAGAGGAAAAACCUGCGGAACCUCCAAGGGAAGAGGAAACAGUUCUCGAACCAGUCUUGAGUACCGUAGGUGAAAAUGUCAAGGUGAAAAACAUGAAAAGAAAAUUAUCUCUGAGUGUCGAGACCAAAGAAGACACCACCAACGACCCAGCUAAAAAACAAAAAAAAGAAACUAAUAUGAAUGGUUCCUAUAAAAAUCUAAUAAAGAAAAAUACAAGUAGCGUUAAAAUCAAUAAUGGCAAGAGGAAACUCAUCCAAGAAUCAAAUAAUGUACCUCUUAAAUUACUUUCUAGAGCUUCUGUUAUGAAGCGAAGAAGGGAACAAAAUAGACGUAAUCUUUGUUCUUCGAAUAAUACAGUAAACACUAAAAAACCUAAGCAAACUAAAUCAAAUCCCGCCUUAGUAAUCGAUAGUAACACAAAGCAGAACUGCAAAACUUUGGAAGUGGAAGCCUCGAAAGAACCAACAGAAAUCAAAGAAAACAAACGGGGCGCACAAGUCUCAAAGUCUAAUCAAAAACUGUCGGCAAGUUUGCUGGACAAUCUUAUCGCUAAGAAUAACGUGGACAGGACAAUUGAGUGCGUGGUAAGUGACGCAAUCAGGACAAGCGGUACACCUAAAAAAACUGAGAAAGUAAAAGAAAUCAAAGAACCAUCAGUGCCAACACCAGUGUCUGUGAAAAAAAGUACAAAAAAACCGUGUAAACAAUUGGUUAGUAGGAGAAAAUCAAAGUGCAAAAAUGUGGCAGAAGUUGCUCCAACCAAACCGUUUAAGCCUUUGGGUUCUCUCAGGUGGUCGAACGGAUGGAAUUGGGAAGGGAAAUCUUUCGAAGCAAAAGUCUUCUUUAAUAGUGAUGAAACAACCGUGAUCAGGAAAUGUUACUCCUCCAUGCGUCAUCACUCCGGAGAUCUGAUAGAAGUAAAAGACUGUGUACUAUUGAAGGCAGGAGCUAGAAGAAAUGAACUUCCUUUCGUUGCUAAAAUCGCUGCCUUAUGGGAGAAUCCUGAAGAUGGUGAGAUGAUGAUGUCACUUCUCUGGUACUACAGGCCGGAGCAUACUGAUCAAGGACGGCAACCAAAUGACCAACCUGAUGAAGUAUUUGCUUCUCGACAUAAGGACUCAAACAGUGUAGCUUGCAUCGACGAUAAAUGUUAUGUGCUCACAUAUAAUGAAUACUGCAGGUACAGAAAAAGAGUUCGACAGGUAGAGGAGGGUAUUGAAGAACAAAGUUCUACUUGCAUUCCAACGUCUGAACCAUAUCCGAGAUCUUACCGCCAGCCUCCUCAGAAUCUCAAAAUAUCGCCUGAAAUGGUAUUUUUCUGCAAAAGAGUAUAUGAUUUCCGACAAAAGAGAAUCAUGAAAAAUCCUUCAUAACUCAUUUUCUCACAAAUAAUUAAUGUAAAUCGAAUUUCUGUUAAUAUUUGUUAUGUUAUUUUAUAUAUAGUAUUUAAAAUAAUAUAUUAUUGCAUUGCAUAAACUUAUGUAAGAUCUGGUUCUUCUGUAGGAGGAUUAUCGUCAUAUACAAUAAUAAUUAUUUUUUGUUACUGAAAUUUCGUAAUCCAUAGAACAUAUAUCGGAUAUGGAUUGGUAGUCAUGUAUUUAUUUUUUACAUCUUUUUUUUACAAUUUUCGGUUAAGUACUUUUUACCUCAAAGAUUAUAUAACAUGACAAUAAUCCAACUCAAAAGGUCUUAAUCGAUCAUUACUGCUAAAAAAAAAUCAAUCAAAAACGCAAAUUUCAGUUCAAGGUGCUGCAGAAUAACUGUUUUAAAGAAAUCAAACUAUCAAGUUAAAACAAAAGUCUUUCGGAUUUUUAAAAACAUUUGAUACAUAUACAUAUUGUUGAAUAAAAGAGGGAACAUUGUAAAAAAACUAAUUAUCAAUAACGUUGUAUAGAAAAUAGAAGAGAUUAUAUAUUUAAACAAAAAAGCAUUAUUCGUAUUUAUAAAUAGCCUUUUAGAGCAUGUGUAAAUGGGGUGUGCUUUAUAGAUACUAGAGGUAUCUGUCAAUGUCGUCUCAUACUUUUUGUCAUUAAUUUGCCAAUAUUUUGUCAUAAGCCAUGCUGAAAAACACAUUUCUUGAAUUUUUCAUUCCGUGUUUUACGAUUAUUGAAAAUAUUAUUUUUGUGAUGAAAACUUGAAAAUUCAACAAAAUAUUUCGUUGAAAUUCAAGUUUUCAUCAAGAAAAUUAUCUCCAUAUAAAUAUCCAUUUUAUAAAUCGAGAGAUAAAAAAAAUAUUUUACUGUAAAGUAAUAUCAAUGGAACAAGCAUCAAUAAUGGGUUUCACAAAACUUUCAUUCCGUUUAUUCUCAUAAUGAAAUAUUUGGAAAAGCUUAAGAUCACUUGUAUUCAUAGGAAUUUGUCGAUAAUUCAGUUUAUUUCCGCAACGUUUUCUAAGGCGCUCAAAUCAACUUACCUAUGAUAAAGAAAGAAAAUUUAUCACUGUCGUUUCCAUAGAAAUAUGACUAUUUCUUUAUAAAGCGCCCCCCAGCGGAAAGAAAGAGAAGAAUCGGCAAUCCAAAGUUUGGAGUUUUUAGAUAUGUUAAAUUCAUCAUAAAUUUCAAACCAACAAAGUUGAUUCGGUCAAAGUUUCUUGAAACCCACCAAAAAUAUCUUGUUAUGUUGAAAAAUUCCACUGAUAACUUGAGAUCAUCAAUUCGAUUAACUAUCUGGGUGCUCUCUCUGAGUUGUGCGAAUGUCAGGAAAUGUGUUUGAAAUAGUUCCUAUUUCGAACGAGCUGGCAUGACGCAAUCAAUUGAAAUCAAAAUUAUUGUAUAGCGGAAUUAAAAUGAUUUGAUUUUUAUACUUUUGUAUUUGUGAGAAGUUUAUUACUUCCGUAGUUUCAUCAAAAUGGACAACUGUAAUUCUAAAUUGUGUCAAUUCAUUUUAGAAAGUUGAAAACUGUUCUAAACAAAUAUAUUAUACAUUUUUAAUAGGGUCAACAAUUUCAAUAUAAAUUGUUUUAAUUUUA